AUGAGUGAACCAUUGAUGGCUAGGUGUGCAUCUCUGCUGGACAUCUUGGUUCCCCGUAGUGUUGAAUGCUUAAGCAAUGCGAAGGUACAGAACGAAUCGUGCUGCGCUAUACAGUACGACCGAAUUUUGCGUGUCCCGGUUCUGAUUAUGAAAGGAGACAUCUCGAAUGCCCGUGUUCAGAUACCGCGUGAUGGCAAAUCACUUCCUGUAGUUCCGCUGCCGUGCACUCUCGUAGCUCUCCAGGCGUACAUUGGAUCUUUUGACACCUUUGCGUUGGAGGUGUCAGUGAGCACUAAGACUUCUCUUCGCGUGAAGCUGAUUAUUGGGACUCACUUUAACAAGACGUCGUUGGAGGACACCGGUAGCAGUCUGAUUCUCUUUAGGAUGCCCUUGAUCAUACCGCGAAACAGAUGGGUUCAAAUAGUAUUUCACAUUUCAGGAAUCGUAACGCAUCUUCUUGAACUGCCGCCAAUUAAAUUCAUCGACGCAAUAUCAUUGAGUGGCACAUGUAAGGCUUCGCGCUUGAUGGCAUCCAAUAGUGAGGAGGUUGUAGUGAACGCAACACCCAGUGACAUGACUCUCUUUGCUGUUCCGGCGUAUGCGCCCCCGAUUUGGCAGACCGUUGCGGCCUCUCCACCCCCGAACGGGACCUGCAGUGACAAUAAUAAAAAAAUUAGUGGUCGCUCUCCACAGAAAGUUGCUAAAGACCGCUUACCCGUUGUAGUGAAGUCGCCAUUAAGAAGGGACGAUGAUACUGCCAAUGAGGGUGAAAACGACUCACCAAAGCAUAAUGUGGUGCGAACAGCUGCUACAAGUGCUUCUAACGGCACACCAUCGCCCCCGUACAAACAAAUAGGGCGCGAGGUUUCGGCUAUUGAGAGUACAUCAAGCGCCAACUCCUUUGAUGUGCCGCCGGAAGGUCGGGCGCCAAGUUUGCCAGGUGACUUUACAGAUGCCCGCCGAGUCAAGCAGAUGCCUAAGCAACAGGUCGGUCAGCCCGCUGCGAGGUGCGGAUCUGCCGCUUACAUACGGCUGGUAAGCGGAGCGAACUUUCCGCCACGUAGCAGCAGUAACCCGACUGUGAAACCGCGUCCGCUUCACUUAGGGGCAAAGGAACAGAGUCCUAGUGCGGUUACAACUCCCCCGCCACCCCCUGUCGAAACAUACCCGGGUGUAUGCGAUCUUUUGUUUGAUGCCUCGUAUGGCAUCACAGGUUGGGGGGAAACCGCCUGUCGUGCAAGUACUGCUGCUUCAGCCUCUCCUCCUCGUGCCGGAAGCGAUGUAAAGUGCAGGUCGGCGCCAACUGCGGCAGUACCAACCAACCGAAUAUCUGGUGGUGCAGUGAGUGAGUGUAAAACGAACGGAUUAGCGGAGCAGGUUUCCCCGAAAGCGAAACGGUUGAAAAGGGUUAUAGAAAUAAGGCGGCGGUCAUUCGUCCCCCCCACUAGGCGCCGGAAGCCGUGCGGUGGUGAUGGUCAAAACGGUGAAGGCAACGAAACAGGGGCGGCCGCGGGCGGUACGUCCAGGAGGUCUGCUGUUAGUGUGAGGCGGCUUUACAUGCGAAAGAGGAUCAGGAAACUAAAGGAAGCACAGAACAGCGCACGUCGCAUGCAAGAAAUGAAAAGACUUCCAGCGUCUGAACUACCCAUAGACCCUCAGGACGAGGCACUUAUGAUGGUUGGUGAAGAGACAAUGAAUGUCACGCGUGAGCCACGUUGUGGUUACGGUUUUGGUUAUCUUGGUGUCCUUCAUGAGAGUGGCGGAUUUGAGGCGGAUGAGAAUGCUGACACGGAGUUGAAGGGCGCUCUCACGCUGGAGCUUUCCGAAUUAUCCGAUGGUGAGGAAAAUGAAGAAUAG